UGGCGGGCGGAGCUGGGCAGGAGGCUGUAGUGAGCGGAGUGAACACCCCCAGUGGGCUAGCUGGCAGGCUGGCUGCGAGCUCCAGGCUCAGCGCUGCGGUGGUGGCCGGCGACGGGAUGCAGCCUGUCCGGACCCUUCAGCGGAGCGGCCGGGGAGCGGCGUUGGUGACCUGGGUGCUGCUGUGUUCCUCCUGUACUCACACCCUGUCCUCCUUCACCUCGGUCGUGGAUGUGCGGCGGAGCGCCCCAAACCUGGACCAAGGCGACCUGUCCGAACUGCUGGGUAAAAACAUCUUUAUUCUGCAGAGUGAACACCUCGACACGUGUAUAAAUGUGGAAGGCCAGGAUCUUCGACUCGGUGACUGCAGCCAGCCCUCAAGAAGCAUGCUGUGGAAAUGGGUCUCUAAGCAUAGACUUUUCCACUUAGUCAGCAGCUCAUGUCUUGGACUCGAAAUCAAUGAUCAACAGCGGCCUUUAAAGUUGUUUAGCUGUGAUUCAGCAACGGGGGUACUGCAGUGGCAUUGCACUGGUAAGGUGCUAGCCGGUGCCUCCAAGUACAAGUUAGCCGUUGGACAAGGUCAUCGUGUUGUGGCAGAGAGGACCAUCUACGACAGAUGGAGAAGGUACAUGACGCAAGAUGAAGGUCCAUGUAAGCAUCUUUAUGAAGAAAUCCACACUGUGCUGGGAACCUCCAGAGGAAUGCCUUGUGCUCUGCCAUUUAAAUAUAAUAAUAAAUGGUACCAUGAGUGUACAGAUGAAGGUAGGGAAGAUAAACUACUGUGGUGUGCGACCACCAGCAAUUACGAUGUUGAUGAACAAUGGGGAUUUUGUCCAAACUUGGACACAGGAUGCGAUUUGCUCUGGGAGAAAGAUCCUGUUUCACAGACUUGCUAUCAGUUUGAUCUCUUUGCUCUGCAGUCUUGGAAUGUGGCACGUGCUUCAUGUAAGGCACAAGGCGGAGACUUGUUGGCGAUCAGGGAUCAUGAGCAGCAGGAGUACCUAAAAAAGCGGCUACAAAAUGUUGGAAUUCUAGCGUGGAUAGGUUUAAAUCACUUGGACGAAGAUUCUGGAUGGCAGUGGGCGGACAGAGCACCGUUGAGCUUUGUAAAUUGGGAUGCAGAGCAGUCCCCAGUACCUUUGUUUGAAACACACCAUUGUGGGACACUAAAUUCUAAAUUAGGCUUCAGUUGGAGCAGAGCCGUAUGUGAGACAGCGCUGCCCUAUAUUUGUGAGAAAACAUUGAACUCAUCAAGAAAAGUCAAUCCCUUCGAGUUCUGGCAAUAUAGAGCUACACGCUGUGAGCCAGACUGGCUUUCUCACAAUGGCUUCUGCUACAAGACACACAAGGAGAUUCAGGGCUGGAAGGAUGCACUGGCCUCCUGUCGCGAAAACGGAAGUGAACUCGUCGGUGUCCAUUCCUUGGCAGACGUGGGGAACCUCAUGAAGUUAUUUAUGAAUGAAACUGUGUCAGAGGUGUGGACUGGACUAUACAAUAACAGAACCCCUGCUGAAUUUACGUGGUCUGAGGAAUCACCUGUAACGUUCACUUACUGGCACAAGAAUGAACCAAACUUUCCAUACAGCACCAGAGAACACUGCGUAUCAUUGCAGACAAUUAAUGGCCAGUGGAAAGUUAAAGACUGCCAGGAGAAAAUGUGGAGCAUCUGUAAGAAACCAGGAAAAGUGGAACAGCAAGGAAAAGAUAAAGGCUGUCUUGAGGAAUGGAAAAGAUAUGACGACUCGUGCUAUCACAUUGACACUAACUUGCAAACAUUCGACGAAACUUCAAAGGGAUCACUUUGUACACUUGCCAGCAUUGAGAACAGAUUUGAACAUGCUUUCAUUGAUAGUUUGAUCAGCAAUUUUGCCAGAGAAAAAAAUAAAUAUUUCUGGAUUGGUCUUCAGGAUAGGAAUCGCACAGGCGAAUAUACAUGGUUAACAACAAACAAUCAGAAAAUACCGGUUACUUUCACAAAUUGGAAUAAGGAUCAACCAGCAUAUUCAGGUGGUUGUGUGGCAUUAGUAAGAGAGAAAUCUCAUAUACUUUGGGAAGUUAAAGAUUGUAAAACCUUCAAGGCCUUACCUCUAUGUGAGGACAAAGUAGCAUCAAGUGUAAAAGUGGACACCUUCCCUGAUCCAACCAUGAAGGCAAACAACAAAUGUCACUUUGGAUGGGAGUCAAGAUCAGACCUUCAUAACUGCUUUAAGGUAUUUCAUCGUGAGAAAGUGUUAAGAAAGAGAACUUGGGAAGAAGCAGAGCAGUUUUGUCAAGCAUUUGGAGCACAUCUUGCCAGUUUUAACCAUUACAGUGAGGAGGUUUUUCUGAAUGAAAUUUUGGGAUGGAUGUUUGCCAGGGAAGAUGAAAGAUGGUUUUGGAUUGGCUUUAACAAAAGGAAUCCCACUUCAGCUGGCUCCUGGAAAUGGAGUGAUGGCAGCUCAGUUGAUGUCUCUGUUUUCCUGCUGGACUCAAAGAUAAAAAAUGACGACCUCAGAAUCUGCGCUGCGUACAGAUUUGAUAAAACCCUUGCACCUUUUCAGUGUGAUGAGAAGCUGGAGAAGCUGGGAUGGGUUUGCAAAAUGCCAAAAGGAACUGAACUGAAAAAAGCAGACUGGUAUGUUGACGAAGAACAGCUGGCAUUUGCACCUUGGUUCUUCUUUCAAGGAGCGGAGUAUUUGUUCUUUGAAACCGAAGGCAAGUGGCUGGCAGCGGUUGUAGCCUGCAGCCUGAUGGGAAGCAACUUGGUUUCCAUAACGACCCAGAAAGAACAGAACUUCAUUCAAAACAGGAUGUCAAGGCUCUUAGCAAAUGGGCAUGAAAAGUGGUGGAUUGGGUUAUACGCAGAAAAUCCCAAAACUGGAUUCCGCUGGACAGAUGAUUCACCUUUGUAUUACAACAACUGGGAUGUCAACUAUCCGAGCCUUUUACACAAGCGUAGUGGCAGAUGCGUUUAUCUGUCAUCAAAAACAGGGCGAUGGGGUGACAGCAAGUGCUUUCUGUCUCUUCCUUUCAUCUGUAAACGUCACAAUAUAUCACUCGUAGAGGUUCCAACGGUCGACCGUUACCUGCCCGACAUCUCGUGCCCAAAAGGAUGGCUUUAUUUUGAAAAUAAGUGUUUCCUGGUUUACGUACCAAAGGACAAGAGACAACUAAAGCAUUGGUAUUCCUCUCAAAUGUUUUGUACAAUACAUGGAGGCAACCUCGCUACAAUAGAAAAUGAGAUAGAACAAGCGUUUUUAACCAUCCAGCUCCUGGAAAGAUCAACUAGUGUGUGGAUAGGUCUGCACAGUGAUAACUUUGAACGGUGGGUGAAUGGGAAGCCUGUGAAGUAUACAAACUGGUUACCCAAUGAGCCAGCGCGAGAUGCUGCAGAUCCUUAUGAUCCCACUUCCGAACACAAUAACAGCCCUGUUUUACAAGAGGAGGCAAAAAGGUGUGCGUUAUUGUCUAACAGUCAUGCUCAUCAUUCUACAGGGAGGUGGUACACAAGCAUUUGCAAUACAAAUCGGUAUGGUUUUGUUUGUCAGAAAGCUCCAGAUUCAUCCAUCCAUAAUAUCAAUAAAUCGUCUGUAUAUCAGAUUCCUGAUACAUUUGCGUACGGCAAUUACACAUACAAGCUACUUAAGAAGAACGUAACUUGGUAUGAAGCAUUAAACGAAUGCAAACUGAGAGAGGCUGAACUGGUCAGCAUCACCGAUCAAUAUCACCAAGCUUUCCUCACUGUCAUCGUGAAUACACUGGCACAUUCUCAUUGGAUUGGACUCUCCAGCCAAGAUGAUGGCCACAGCUUUACUUGGUCAGAUGGUAGUGCUGUCGUUUUCACACAAUGGAGUGCAGAACGUCCUCAUUCCUCUCACGAUUGUGGAUACAUGGACACAAAGGGCUACUGGAGGACCGCUGACUGUGAAACUCAACUCCAGGGAGCUGUCUGCCAGGUUUUAGAAACUGCAACAUUAAAUCCACCUGCACACAAAGCAGAGUGCCCUAACCUUGACGAAGGUUUGCCCUGGAUUCCGUUUCGAGGCAAUUGUUACCUUUUCGAUUUGGUUUUAUACAAUUCUUCAAGCUUGACAAUGGAAGAAGCGAAAGACAUUUGCGGAAACCUGGCUGCAAAAUCUUUCAUUUUACACAUUAAUGAUGAAGAGGAGAACAAUUUCAUUCUUCAACAAGUAAAGUUGUACAGCCACAUUGCAGAUGUAAUCUGGCUGGGUAUUAUGUUUGACAACAAUGAUAACACACUGAAAUGGUUGGAUGGCACCCCGAUAACAUAUUCAAACUGGGGUGCAGAAGAACCUAAUGCACAUCAUCUCUCCAUUGAUUUCUGUGCUGGCAUGAGAUCAACAGAUGGUACAUGGUUUCUGACCAACUGUGCAGAGAGCCUUGCAGCAGUUUGUCAAACAGAUUUGAGUGGAAAAGCUCACAUUCCAAAACAACAUGAAUACCAAAUUGGAAAUACUACAGUGCUCACCACAGUGCUGGCAUUACUGGUAACCCUGGUCAUUGUCGUGGGCGCAGUUGGUACUUGGUAUCUAUGGAGACGGAAUCGGCCUUCAUUGCGGUUUUCAGGAAAUGCUUACUAUAGACAAUCUGCCCCAGAAGUUACUGAUAACGAUGGAAAUAUUCUAAUUUCUGCAUUUGAAAAGAAUGGUGGAAAUUAAUCAAGUGAGGUGAUGGCAUCUAUAUUUACAAAAAAAGUCUUGUUGGACUAUGACAGACAUAAAUGUUCAACAAUUGGUCGUUUAAUCAUAAGUAUGUUGAAAUCAUUGUUAUACAAUGUGAAUUCAAUUUUCUGCACAUUGUGCAUUCAGUACAUGAAUAUAUUCUUGCUAAUAUUUUCUAGUCUAAGUAGAGUGCCUAUUUUUAUACAGUACUUCUAUUAUUAGUUAUACCAAGUUAUCAUUGAAUUGGUCGAAACAGCAUGGAAACAGGCCCUUCGACCAACAGUCUGCCCCGACCAUCGAUCUCCCUUUCACACUAGUUCUAUGUUAUCUCCUUUUCCCAUCCACUCUGUACACACUAGAGGCAAUUUACAGAGGCCAAUAGAAACCCCAAAUGUUGUAAGAAGGAACUGCAGAUGCUGGUUUAAACCAAAGAUAAGCACAAAAGGGACAGGCAGCAUCUCUGGAGAGAAGGAAUGGGUGACGUUUUGGGUCGAGACAAGAAGAGUCUCGACCUGAAACCACCCAUUCCUUCUCUCUAGAGAUGAUGACUGUCCAGCUGAGUUACUCCAGCUUUUUGUGUCCAUCUUUCUGAUGGAUGCUCUUCUAGUUACGACGUCCCCAAUGAACUGAAGCAUUAUCUCUGCAUGUUUAUUCUUGUUCAGCAGUCAUAGUAGAAUUACCAUUGUGUCUACUCUAUUCAAUCAUGGCGGAUCUAUCUUUCCCUUUCAACCCCAUUCUCCUGCCUUCUCCCCAUAACACCUGACACCCUUACGAAUCGGGGACCUGUCAAUCUCCACCUUAAAUAUACCCAAUGACGGUCUCCACAGCCGUCUGUGGUUAUGUAUUCCGCAGAUUCAUCACUGUGUGACUAAAGGAAUUCCUCCUCAUCUACUUUCUAAAGGUGCGUCCAUUUAUUCUGAGACUGUGCCCUCUGGUCCUAGACUCUCCCACAAGUGGAAAUAUUCACUCCACAGAUUCACCACCCUCUGCCUGAAGAAAUUUACUUUCCUGUCCUUUGACACGGCAAAUAUUCCAUUAACCUUCUUACAUUACCUUUUUUUUUUAAAGAUAUUGAAAUGAUAUUUUGUGUAAUAAGAUCAUUUCAAAAUGUUCCAUUUACUUUGCUUAGUUGGCUAAUUCAACACGAAGUUACUGUACGCUUACUCUGAUUUACAAUAAAAUUAUAGCAGUGAAGCAAUGUAACCUGAAUAUUAUGCGAUGUUCCUGUGACCAUUUGUUGCGGACUAGGCCUUAAAACUUCAUUUAUACUCUUGCAGUUGAACAAAUGUAAAAAAUGUACUCUUGAUCAUGUUAGUAGGAAAGGGUCUGCAUUUACUAGCACAGUAAACCCUUGUUAAAACAGUUCAAAGGCAAGAGAAAUGGCGUCCGUUAUUGCUGAUGGUCUACUAUAACCGAGUACUCCCAGUGACCGGUCUUAUACAGCAUGGAAACAGGCCCUUGUGUCCACCAAGUCCAAACGGACCCAUUCACAUUAAUUCAAUGUUACCCACUUACGCAUCCACUCCCUACACACUGGGGGCAAUUUGCAGUGGGCCAAUUAACCUACAAACCAGCACAUCUUUGGGAUGUGGGAGGAAACAGGAGCACCCGGCGAAAAACCACACUCCCUCAGGAAGAACGUGCAGGGAGAAAGGUAUUAUCAUUGUACAAGUAGUAUUAGUGUUAGAAACAAACAGCUGCCAGUUGCUGGUUAAUAAACAAAAGGACAGAAAGUGCUGGAGUAACUCAUUGGUCAGGCAGCGUUUCAGGAGAACAUGGAUAGGUAAAGUUUCGAGUCGAGAACCUUCUUCAGACUCUUGGGCCUGAGAUCCAGGUGAGUUGACGGCCUCGGCCUGCUGGCGGUUGGGGAGAGGCGAGGUUCGUCGGAGUUGACGGUCGCAACCCGCGGGCGGCUGGAGUGCUGGCAAGGGUCAGCAGCGGCAGCAGAUGCAGCCUGGAAGCGGCCGGGACAACUGUGUGGGCCGGCGGUGGCAACAGUGGGUCCGGUCUGGAAACGCUGGGGAGGCAGUGUGGUCAGUCCGCUAUAACCAAAAUCUGAUAUAAAGAGGUCUGCUAAAACAAGGGUUUACUGUACUGUAGAGGGGUCAGGUAUUUCUAGAAUUGGACAUAGCAGUUACUUUCUGGAAUGUAUUCAUUUUUCUACUAUUUGUUUUUAUUAGUACAUCUGUUAACUGAAUAUUCCAGUGUUCUUAAAACUUGCUUUCUUGAACGUGAAAUGUCGCUGCAUUCUCUUUUACCCGCUCACCAGCCACAGAGUCAAGAGCGUUUGAUUGUCAUUCGUACCGACAAUGGAACAAUCAAAUUCUUACUUCAGCAGUGCAACAGGCCUGUAAAAGCAAUACACACAGACAAUAUAUAAUAGGCAAAAAAAAACAAUAACUUAAUAUCUACCAUAUGACUGCAAAGAAAACUGGUCAGUGCAACCAAAGACAGUGAAUAGAAGUUCAUAGUUGAGGGUAGUGUUGUACAGUGUUCAAGAGCCUGAUAGUUGUUGGGAAGAAACGGUUCUUGAACAUGGCGACUAAAUUAUGUAAUUUAAGUAAUGAUGUCGUUU